UUACAGUUGGCCGGUAAAUUCGUGUGACAAUACACAUUGUUUGGUGAAAGAAUGCUGUAUAAUUAUUGAUCCAAGCCAGAAGAAAUACCAACAGGGAAUCCCUGGCAGUUCGAUGAGCGAUGGGAUUUCCUCGCAGUUGAAAGAUUCUGUGAAUUGAGGGAGAAAUCGGCAACGAUUUUGUACAAGGAAGUGACUAGUUUUGUAAUCAGCACAAUCAGCAUUUGUUCCAAGGUUCACUAAAUACAUCAUUCAUCAUGUCUGAGCGUCAAACAUCGGACAUGGCUCGUAGUAAAGCAGCCAAAUUAUUAAAGAGACAUGGCAGUGCGUCGUCGCUCAUGAGUGGCAGUGAAUAUGGAGGAAGAUAUAAACACAAUGGCUCGGUCAGCACCGUGUCAUUUAUGGACGAGCCUCAGGAUCCCAACAAGCAAGGAUCUAGUGUCAAAUUGGAAGCCACAUAUCAAAUGGAUCCCAAGAAACGGUUCCCUGUCAACACGGUCAAAGACAUCCUUGGUGAAGUGCUGCAACAUUACCUGGCCGAGGAGAAAUAUGAAGCGGAGCUUUGUAAACAAAUGACUAAGACGAUAUCAGACGUUGUUAAGGCAAGAGUAAAGGAUCUACAACUUGGACGCUAUAAAAUCAUCGCCAUUGUACACAUUGGUGAGCUGAAAGACCAGGGUUUGAAGAUAAGUAGUCGUUGUUUGUGGGAUGCGGCCAAUGAUAGCUCGUCAUCGUAUGAAUAUCGUAAUAACUCUUUAUUCGCAACAGCAAUGGUGUAUGGUAUCUACCAUGAAUAGUCCAAUCUUGACUUAACUUCUUGAGUUUCUUAAAGUGUUGUUCUCUUUCUUGGUCCAAUUUCAUAGAGCUGCUUAAGCAGAAAAUAUUGCUUAGCACAUUUCUGCUGAGCAGAAAUGAGCAGGAUCCCAGUUACUAUUUAGACAUGCGACAUAGUAGUUUGGCUGAACCCUAAACAUAGGAAUCAAAUUGCCUCUACAGCUGCCGGGAACCUCGGUGGUCUAGUUGGUACGACACUGCUCUAGAAUUGCAAGGGUCGUGGGUUCGAAUCCCAUCCAAGUAAUA